AUGCCGUUGAAGUUCAAAGGUGACAAAGAUCCCGUAGGGAAGAAAAAGAAGGAAAAGAAGAGCAGGAAGCGUGCUAAGAGCGACGAUGAAGAGGAGGACGAAGUUGCAGAACUCGUGCCAGGCACAGGGCGCAUCGUAGCUACUGGCGACUUGGUUAAUGGCUUUACCACUUCUUUCCAGCAGGAGUUGGAGAUUGGUGACGAGUUGAGAGUUUUGCACCCAGGCACCCUACAGCACGAGCAACGACCCGUGAGCAAGAUCCUCGGGAAUCGGAGUUGUCUCCUAGUGUCCGCGUUUUCGAAAAAUUUCGCAACGACAACAGGAUUCGAGAUAGAGAAGCGCGGGAGGCUGUUGCGCAAGAAGAUAGAAAAAGAAGAGGGCGACGACGGCGAAUUCGACGCAGCAUUAGACAAAGCCAUGCAGGAGAAAGUAGAAAAGGCGUUGAAAAAACAGAAGAAGACUAUACAGGUACUAACACAUAUGAAGUAGAAGAUACUUCUCCUCUGGUGUAUGACCGACAGGGAUGAUUUUGUUCGUUAUUAAUGAAGAUGAUGAUGCUUGAUCAUGUUUCUUCAUUCCAGAAAAUCCUCGACUGUCACUCGAACUGGUAUAGAAAUUCAAGACUCCUUUGCAUCGAAACAAACAAACUUAAGCUUUCGUAAUCCCUUCAUCCAAAACAGAUUCGAGAGAAAGUUUACGGCGGCGGCGGUGUCUCAUAUCGAACAAUAGCGAAAGAAAUGGAUAGGGAUAUGACGGCAGAAGACGCACUGAACGAACGCGUAAAACUUGGGAGAGACAAACAUUGUUACUAAUGAUCGCUAAACGAACCCGUUUCAUUUUGUCUGAUAAACUGGCUCCCCUUUGUCUAUCGAGAACCUCAAGCUCAAGACGGACUUUCUCCACCCCCCCCCCCCCCCCUUUUUCGACACAUAUAACGACAGCAUUUAGG